AUAUCAAAACACAAAGGCAGAAAAAUAUAAGAUACGUAAAAGGCUGAUUACUGCUGCUUCUCCAAAAACAAAAUACAAAAAAAAAAAUUAAACGAAGUGCUGCCUCUAAAUUUUCAUUGAUUUCGCAAUUUAGUUGAUAAAGUUAUACGAACGCGUACGGAAGUGAAAAAGCAAUUACACUGCGAACAAAGUGACGAUUGUAAACAUAAGCACAAAACACUUUGGUGAUUUUUCUUUUGCUACGAGUGAGUGCAAAAGAAAAAAUCCCCAAACCCCACCUCAAAGUAAACACUCUUGCAGUGCAUUGAGAUGCAGAGUUAUGGUGGAGCAACAGCGUCAGCUGCUCCCCAACAACUACCAGUACAAGAACAGCCCCAAACAAAUCUCUAUGACGCAACGCUGCGUAACAGCAACGUAGAUCAGCAGGUAAACCUUGGCACAGGUGCUGUUGGCGGAGUGAAUAGGGGUGAAAGUAGCAGGCAUGAAAGCAGUGGUGAAAAUUCGCGUUGCGAAAGCGAUGAUGAAUACCACAGAAAUCAGCCAAGGUCAAGUGCGACAGUUGGUGGCAGCAUAAAUAUCGAAAACGAACAACCAAAUGUUUUCGCGCCUUCCGCGACACAAUAUGGUGCAGAGCAGAGUGGCAAUGAACAGCCUUCAGGCUCCACUAACAUGGAAGGUGCUUCGCCUAUGUCCUCUUACAAUGAAGAGCGGAUGCGACGAAAAUUGCAAUUCUUCUUCAUGAAUCCGAUCGAGAAGUGGCAUGCGCGUCGCAAGUUCCCAUACAAAUUCGUGGUGCAGGUGGUGAAGAUCAUCUUGGUGACCAUGCAACUGUGCCUCUUCGCGCAUUCACGCUACAAUCACAUCAACUACACCUGGGAUAAUCGCAUCGCGUUUUCGCAUCUGUUUCUGCGCGGUUGGGACUCGUCACGCGAAGUGGAAUCCUAUCCACCGUCCGUGGGUCCUUUCGCCUUGUAUGAAAAAUCCGAUUUCUAUGACACCAUUGACUAUGCGGUGCGCGGUUACGCCAAUGUAAGUCGCUCCAUUGGACCCUACGAUUAUCCCACCGAAAACAAUGAAAUGGCGCCGCUGCAUCUCUGUCUCUACAACUAUCGCGAGGGCACGAUAUUCGGCUUCAAUGAGUCGUACAUCUUCAAUCCCGACAUCACCGAGUUCUGUUUGUACUUGCCGCCAAAUGUGACAACGCUCGGCGUGCAGGCGUACCUCAAGCAGAAUGGUGUCGAGGUGAGUUUCUCGUCGCUGGUGAAAGCAACAUUGGUGUUCGCCAUUAAAACGGUGAAUUUCAAGUCAUAUGGUGGUCCGCUAUCCGCGCCCGAUUGCUACAAGUUCGAUGUGACGAUUUUCUUCGAUAAUCGCGAUCACGACGGCCAAAUGCUGCUGUCGCUCGACGCGGACGCUCAACGCUUGCGUUGCCGUGGUGAUAUCGAAUUCAUUUCGAAUGCGGAGUUUGAUGAGGCUUUGCGUAGCAUGCUGAAUAUACUGGUGUUGUUGGUGUGCCUGCUGUCCUUCGCGCUGUGCUCGCGCGCCCUCUAUCGUGCCUAUUUGCUGCGCUGCCAGACGGUGAACUUCUUCCGCAUGCAAUUCCACAAAGAGCUGAGCUUCGAGGGACGCAUGGAGUUUGUGAACUUUUGGUAUGUGAUGAUCAUCAUCAAUGAUCUGCUGCUCAUAAUCGGUUCGUCACUGAAAGAGCAAAUCGAACGCAAAUUCCUUGUCGUGGAUCAAUGGGACACCUGUUCACUCUUUCUGGGCGUUGGCAAUCUGCUUGUGUGGUUCGGCGUUUUGCGCUAUCUGGGCUUUUUCAAGACAUACAACGUCGUCAUACUGACAUUAAAACGUGCCGCACCCAAAAUACUACGUUUUCUGCUCGCCGCGCUGCUCAUCUAUGCCGGCUUCACCUUUUGUGGCUGGCUUAUACUCGGUCCGUAUCACAUGAAGUUCCGUUCGCUCGCCACAACGUCGGAGUGUCUGUUCUCAUUAAUUAACGGUGACGAUAUGUUUGCCACCUUCGCAACGCUCUCAUCCAAAGCCGAUUGGCUGUGGUGGUUCUGUCAAAUCUAUCUGUACUCCUUCAUCUCUUUGUACAUAUACGUUGUGCUGUCGCUAUUCAUCUCGGUCAUCAUGGACGCCUACGAUACGAUCAAGUGUUAUUAUCGUGAUGGUUUUCCGAUUUCGGAUCUGAAGGCAUUUGUGGGCACGCGCACCGACGAGGACCUAACAUCAGGUGUAUUCAUGAGCAACAUGGAUGACUUUGAUGGUAACGGUGUGCUGGAUGUGCUGCGCCAAGUUUGUUGUUGCGGUCGUUGUCGUGUGGGUAGCGGUAGUGCUGGUGGCAGCAACGGCCCCUCUGGGUACACCAGUCUAACGAGUAUUAUCAAUUGUGUUUAUGAGACGCGCGUCUGAUGACGAAUGUUUUUUGGUUAUGAAAUAAACGAAAAUCUGUCCACGAGUCGUAAAUGCGUAUAAAGCACUAGUUUUAAGUAUUCACAUGUUAUGCAGAGCGAACUUUAUACAAACAUACAUACAAACAUAUUUGUACAUAGCUAAUAAAGAUACGUUGUACAUUAAAAUACAAA